CGGCCGCCGGCCCCGCGGCCGCGCCAAGUCCCGCCCCCCUCGCCCAUUCUCCUUAGCGGCGAUUCCCCUCAGCACUUGCUCUUUGCCUCCCGUCUCCCUCCCGGCAUUGGCGCGGCCGCCUGUCAAUCACCCCGGCACCCGCGCGCGCCGGGCUCCGCCGGGCCACAGCGACAGGCGGCGGCGGCAGACGCAGCCCCGGCGGGAAGGGGGCCGGGGAGCCGCCGGCGCAGCGGCGGGAUGCUGAUGAUGAUGAUGGAGGAGGACAUGCAGGCGGCAGAGGAGGGGCCCAGCCUCCCCAGGCUCUACCGGCAGAGGAGCCCCUACAGCGUCCUCAAGACCUUCCCCAGCAAGAGACCAGCCCUGCCCAAGCGCUACGAGAGACCCACCCUGGUGGAGCUCCCCCACCUCCGGCCGGCGGGGCAGCCCUUCCCGCCCGCCGCCUCCAGCAGCAGCGAGCCGCACCCCCACCCGCCGGCGCCCGGCUCCUACCCCAGCGGGCCCGCCCGAGCCGCCUCGCAGGGCCACCCUAGGACUCCCGCCGCGCCGCUGGGGCCCCAGGCAGCCUCCUCCUCCUCGGCCCGCUACAGCCACGGCCAGCCGGGGGCCGCGGCCAGCGGCGAGGGCGGCAUCAGCAGCAGCCUGGAGCUGAGCGCAGAGAGUCGUAUGAUUCUGGAUGCCUUUGCCCAACAAUGCAGCCGGGUUCUUAAUCUUUUAAAUUGUGGUGGAAAACUACUGGACAACAAUCACUCUCAGUCCAUGAUUUCGUGUGUAAAGCAGGAAAGCACAAGCUAUAGUGAAAGACAAGAGCAGUGUCAGCUGGGGAAAAUGGUCCAUCGUCAGACAUCAGACAAUUUAGACGUAGAGAUGCAGUAUAUUCAAAAGAAACAACAAACCUCAGCCUUUCUGAGGGUUUUUACCGAUUCCCUUCAAAACUAUUUGCUUUCUGGGAGCUUUGCAUCUCAGAACACCUCAUCAGUAAAUGAUUUUGGCCAUUUGGCAGAUGUGGAACCAAUUUCAACCUCUCCAGUACACACUUUAGGUGGAUGGACAUCCCCAGCAACCUCUGAGUCCCAUGGUCACCCAUCAUCAUCUACACUUCCGGAGGAGGAGGAGGAGGAGGAGGAGGGAUACUGUCCCCGAUGUCAAGAGCUAGAGCAGGAGGUAAUUUCACUACAACAAGAAAAUGAGGAACUCCGGAGAAAACUGGAAAGCAUUCCAGUGCCCUGCCAGACUGUUUUAGAUUAUUUGAAGACUGUACUUCAGCAUCACAACCAACUUAUGAUACCACAGCCAACAGACCAUCCAACAGAGGGAAGCAAGCAGUUGCUGAACAACUAUCCUGUCUACAUCACUAGUAAACAGUGGGAUGAGGCUGUAAAUUCUUCAAAGAAAGAUGGAAGGCGGCUACUUCGAUAUCUCAUCAGAUUUGUUUUCACAACUGAUGAGCUUAAGUACUCAUGCGGCCUUGGAAAAAGGAAAAGGUCAGUGCAGUCAGGAGAGACAGGUCCUGAAAGACGUCCUCUGGAUCCAGUAAAAGUAACAUGUCUCAGAGAGUUCAUUAGGAUGCAUUGUACUUCCAACCCUGAUUGGUGGAUGCCAUCUGAAGAACAGAUAAACAAGGUUUUCAGUGAUGCAGUAGGACAUGCUCGUCAAGGACGUGCAGUGGGGACUUUCCUUCAUAAUGGUAACUCAUAUUAUGAGGGGAUAGACCAUCAAGGUUCACAAGAAGAAAUCUUCAAUAGGGGUAUCCAAGAUGGCUCUGGAGAUUGAUGUCAAUGAAGGAAAUCCAUACUACAAUAGCAACCAGUUAAUUAGAAGAUACUUUCUUUGAAGUCAUUUAAGAAUCCAAAGCAUGUUUGAACUCAUACUGCAAACAUUCCAGGUUUUCCAUCCUGUCCUAGUGCUCCACUUAACAGAGAAUGAUUCAUUUCAAGGCCUGCCUAUGGGAUUCCUUGGUGCCUAUAAAUUGCAAGCCUUUCACAGAAUCUUCAAGGAAAACUGCAAUUCUAUUCAUCUAGUUCUAAAGAAAAGUUAAUUUUUAAAAAAAGGUAUCAAAUGACUAAAGAAACAAAAAGUCACUGUGUUGUCUGCUAGCUGAUACUGGAUCCAGUUCUGAAUUCCUGGGCAGAACUGAACUCUGGCAAAAUUCCUGACUGCUAUUAGUUUUGCCUGAGUAAAGGAUUUAGAAUCAAACCAAGAGGCUUGUGACAAAGGAAGUAGUCUUCUAUUUUUUACUAGAAAGUAGUGUAGAAAAAUUAUAAAAAAGUUACCUUAAAAUGUGGAAUAUUCCAUUUCAUGUUAUGUACUCAAGUCCUGAAUAAUACUUCCUUUGUCCAGCAAUACCAGAAAAUUAAACUUCCGUGCUAAAAUGGCAUUGCUCAUUGGCAACAGAAUCCUUAAGUUAGGAGGUAUCAAAACAGUAACAGGUUUUUCUAAACCAUUAAAAAUUUCUGUGUAUAAUUGAUAGAUACUAUGUUUAUCUAAAGUAUUGAGCUAAUCACCACAGUUUUCCUAAAAAUGAGUUUGCUAUACCAUGAAUUUCCAUUUCAGGAGAGUUUAUUUUGCUGCAGUAUUUUAUGGCUUUAAAAGGUUUACAUUUGCAUUUGUUUGUGGUAUUGUUUGUGUUUUAUGCUCAUUGCCUGAUCUGUUUCAAGGAAUGAGCUGGUCCUAAUACUCAGAUACUCAAUGGUGCAUGGAGGGAGGGAUUCUAUAAUAAAAGUCCAAUUUAUCCUUUUGGCUAUUGGGCACUUAAGCAUAGGCUCCAGAACUGAUUGAGAGUUGCAGACAGAUAUUUGUGCUAGAAAUGAAGCUGAUUCACAAUGGAAUACAAUAUUGGAAGCAGAUACCAAGGUAAAAAACUCAAUUUACUGGAGAUUUUCAAUAGCAGGAUUAGGGUACAUUGUCACUGUAGGAAAGUUUUGAAAAAACUGAUGCACUCUAGAAACAUUUAACGCCAAAGAAACAACACAAUCCCCUCUCAUUUUCAGCAUUUUUAAGUCCUCCUACUUCAGGUGAGUCAGGCCUUCCCCGUCACUCCUAGAUUCUUGAAUCAGCUUUUUCCUGAGACAGCACUUCCUGUUUGAUAGACAUAGAUUCAUAGAUACUAAGGUCAGAAGGGACCAUUAUGAUCAUCUAGUCCGACCUCCUGCAUAACGCAGGCCAUAGAAUCUCACCUAUCCACUCCUGCGAAAAACCUCUCACCUAUGUCUGA